ACAUCUGCACCACGACGGUUAUCUCUGCAACGACCUACUGUGGCUGCUGCAGCUACUGAGCCCUGCUAAUAAGGUGUCUUGACUUGUGAUUAUCAGUGAACAUUGUUAUUAACGGCUUACUAUUUCGAGAAAAGUGAUUGCUAAUUGUGAACUGGUUAAUACACGGUACAUCUCUCCACCGUUCAUCGUACACGAUCCGCGAAAGACAAUUAAUGAAGAUGCAUGCCAUGCUGAGAACAGCCGUAACCGUGACCGUAGCAUUGGCCCUGACGACCGCCAUGCCGUACCGAAGCACGCAAGGAGUGCUCAGGAACCGAGCUUCGCUAAACGACUUUCUGACGACGUACCUACAGGCGGUGCAGCAGAGGGCUGAACCGCAGUACGGAUACUUAGAAUACCAGCCUUCUUACCAACAGGGAUUUAUUGCUCACCGACCCAGGAGAAUCUCCCAACGGGCGGAGCCCUUCGUUCAGUACCUAAGAUCUACUAAUAUCCAGCCGGAUUAUCAGUCCUACGAUUACCCUGAAACUACUGAUGAAACUUACGAUGGAAUGUGGUACGAUGAAGCGCCUAGCACUGUCAUUGGUAGUCCUAGUUUCGUCCCACAAACUCCCGCAGUUUCCGAUAUGCUGGAGAAUGAGCCAACAGAGCAAGACUUGGCCCUGGCCCAACUUAUGCUAGACCACAUCGCUGGCAAAUACUCGCUGGAGGACCUCGAAACCCUGGAGAGGGAAGCGCGCAUGGAAGAAAACACUGAACAUCAACUCCGUGCUCUUACAAAGAAGGUGCACCGUAAAAAGUCCCUCGCUCUACCGUUCAUGAGCGACAACCAGCGAGUCCGGUCUUCAGCUCUCUCAUCACCUCAAAACGCCGGAAUAUCCAAAUCAAGGACCACCGCCAGACUAGUGGCAUCUGCCCACCCGUCCGUAGUGUCCAUGCACAGUAUCGGCCAGCGGCGCGGGCAGAAGGAAGAGCCCGUCAUGGUGCCGGCGACAAGCGUCCGCCGGCCUGUCUUCGUUCAGCACCUCGAGGAGGAGAAAAACACCAAAGACUCAGCUUUUGGCUCAGGGUUGCAUCAGCAGGAAUUAGUAGAAAAGAAGAGCCUAAACUCAGCUCCUUUGGCUCAGUCUCUGGCCUCCUCGACUUCCGGUCCAGUUGAGGCGAUGGCAAAAUCAGACAAGUCACUGACAUCAAAGCCCUCUUCUCCUGUCCUUGACACACCAGCCGGAAGCCCAAGAACGAGCGGAGUUGUCGAAGUUGUAAAAGUCGGCACCAAAAGCGCGUUGCCGAAUGCAUCCGGCGCUGAGGAUGGAACUGGCUCAACGAUGGCACCUUACGUGCAAUCUGCAUACGAAGCUCUCAAGCAUUACCUCGAAACGGAACGAAAAGCACGAAUGGAUGCUGAUCAAGAAUCAUUCAAAUCCAUACAGAAGAGGUUCAUCCAAGAAUCUGAUCCCUUGGCACGUCAACUGAACGCCCUCAAGAAAACUAUCGCGUAGAUGAAAGAUCAAGUAGAAUACAUCUUUUGAAUUGUUUGUGGAUGAGGUAGAACCGUAGAACUACUUCCGAGAAGAAGGCUUCAUGCGUCCUGAGAUCACUUUUCAUCUCUACUGUAGAUAGUUCAUGAUGAGCGUUAUUCGUGUGAACACAUUUAAUAACUUCGACAAAACUUUGAUUCAUUUUUGAAUAUUUUAUUUAUUUAUUUUCCAUUUAGCCCAUUAUGAGAUUCAGGAAAAUGCAGCUCGUUAGUGCAUCACUUCAACAGUUAUGCUCGAGAUAAAUUGAAUAACUGAGAAGAAAGGAAGCUCAACGAUUGUCACUCAUUGUUGCUGCAAACUAUUCUUAUUUAUUUACCUGCAAACUAAGUAAAAUUUAAAAUCUGCUCUGACAUAAAUGUGUUUUGUGAUAAGUGCAAUGCUUCGGAUAUCCCGAAAUUUGAAUAUAAUAGUUAUUCAUCUAAAUUAUUUCUUAUGACAAUUUU